AGCGGGGGCCCCGGGUCCGGGCCCCCUGAGGCCUCCCGGCCCGCCCCCAGCGCAGCCCCCGCAGCCGCGGGGCCCGUGGCCGACCUGUUUCGGGCGUCGCAGCUUCCCGCUGAGACGCUGCACCAGAUCACAGAACUGUGUGGUGCCAAGCGCGUUGGUUAUUUUGGUCCAACUCAGUUUUACAUUGCCUUGAAAUUAAUUGCUGCAGCACAAUCUGGCCUCCCUGUGCGGAUAGAGAGUAUUAAAUGUGAAUUGCCGCUGCCUCGAUUUAUGAUGUCAAAGACGGACAGUGACAUACGAUUUGGGAACUCGGCUGAGCUGCAUGGAACUAAGACUCAAAUUCCAUAUUUAAUCUCGGAAAAAAAUACCUUCAAAAGAAUGGAUGAUGAGGAUAAACAGCAGGAAACACAGUCUCCUACGAUGUCACCCCUCGCCUCCCCUCCUUCUUCUCCGCCUCAUUACCAGAGGGUGCCCUUGAGCCAUGGCUACAGCAAACUGCGGAGCAGCACGGAGCAGAUGCAUCCAGCUCCUUAUGAAGCUAGACAGCCUGAGGGACCCUCAUCGGGGAACCAAGGAACCAAGCCGCCUCGGCAUCAGGCUUCCCUCAUCCGGUCCUUUUCAGUGGAGAGAGAACCACAAGAUAACAGUAAUUACCCAGAUGAACCGUGGAGGAUAACAGAAGAGCAGCGGGAGUACUAUGUCAAUCAGUUCCGAUCCCUUCAGCCAGACCCAAGUUCCUUCAUUUCAGGUUCAGUGGCCAAGAACUUCUUCACCAAAUCAAAGCUUUCCAUUCCAGAACUCUCCUAUAUAUGGGAACUUAGUGAUGCUGACUGCGAUGGAGCCCUGACCCUGCCUGAGUUCUGUGCUGCAUUUCAUCUCAUUGUGGCCCGGAAAAACGGCUAUCCACUGCCCGAGGGCCUCCCUCCAACUCUGCAGCCAGAGUACCUGCAAGCAGCCUUUCCUAAACCCAAGUGGGAGUGUGCGUUAUUUGAUUCUUAUUCUGAGUCCAUGCCAGCAAACCAACAACCUCAUGACUUGAAUCGGAUGGAGAAGUUAUCUAUUAAAGACGUGGCUGACUUUCCCGUUUCUACCGAAGAUAUGACUGGUGAUGACAAACAAGCUCUGAAAAGUACUAUGGAUGAAGCCUUACCAAAGGACACAUCUGAGGAUCCAGCAACUCCUAAGGAUUCCAACAGUCUCAAAGCAAGACCAAGAUCCAGAUCUUACUCUAGCACCUCCAUAGAAGAGGCCAUGAAAAGGGGCGAGGACCCUCCCACCCCGCCACCGCGGCCACAGAAAACCCAUUCCAGAGCCUCCUCCUUGGAUCUGAAUAAAGUCUUCCAGCCCAGUGUGCCAGCUACUAAGUCAGGAUUGUUACCUCCACCACCUGCGCUCCCUCCGAGACCUUGUCCAUCACAGUCUGAACAAGCGUCUGAAGCUGAGCUACACCCCCAGCUGAACAGAGCCCCCUCGCAAGCUGCAGAGAGUAGUCCAACAAAGAAGGACACACCAUAUUCUCAGCCUCCAUCAAAGCCCAUCCGUAGAAAAUUACGACCAGAAAAUCAAGCUACAGAAAAUCAAGAGCCUUCUACCACCGUUGGCGGGCCAGCGUCUGUAGCAACUGUGAAACCCCAUCCAAUAGUCCAGAAACAGUCUUCCAAACAGAAGAAGGCUAUUCAAACUGCUAUCCGCAAAAAUAAAGAGGCAAAUGCAGUGCUGGCCCGGUUGAACAGUGAACUCCAGCAGCAACUCAAGGAGGUUCAUCAAGAACGGAUUGCAUUGGAAAACCAAUUGGAACAACUUCGUCCAGUUACCGUGUUGUGACCCCAAGAUCCAAGUAAUAGCGGGUGACCUUUUCUGCCAAGAUCUUUCCUUUAACUGUUUCAAUCCAACUACUUGUCAUAGAUGUCUGACUGUGUCAAAAGCUGUACGCAGUGGAAUAGAAUCCAUGUCACCUUUACUGUUAUACUUAUGUGCUUUACUGUGAUGGAAAUAUAUAACUGAUUAUCACACUUGAAAUUGUAAUUAUCAAUGGAAUUUCUCUCAUUCUUCAGUACUUUCUUGAAAUGUUAGAUGUUUCUCCUUAACAAAAAUCAACCUUCUAGCAAAUGACAAUGUAGAGCAUUAUUUAUUUAAAGAUAUAUUAUUUGUACAAGACCUUAUAAUCUCGUAUCUUUAGGAUGCUUGUUUUAUUUUUGGAUGUAUAUCAUGUACAGUAGGUUGGUUUCCUGAAUAAUUGGAAUUCUAACUGUAUAGUCUUUGGCAUGAUGAUAAUAAAACAAAAACUAAAAUAAAACAAAAGCAUCAGAAUUAGACUGGCGUUGUGCCCUCCACCACCAUAUGCCAAAAAUUGCUUUUCUAGUGCCAUUUUGAUUUUAUCUAGCUAUAAAUAAUACAUAACUAUUGUUUUCUACUGAAUGUCAAAGACUUACUGGGUCUUUACACCUCUGUAAAGUGGACGUUUUGUCAGUGAUCUAUUUAACUUGGCCCAGCUAGGCCGUCAAUCCAGAUAACUCAGUCCUUUCAUGUAAAUUUUUAGGCAAGAGCAAUGUACUUUAGCUGCCUCUCCUGAUCAUAUUAAAAUAGUUGCCAAAUCUCUUACUUUUAUCCUGCAUGGGAAAACAUAUCUGUAAAUGCAUGAAUUUGGAAACUACCCAUCAAAUAUGAAAGGCUGAUGAGACUGUUUGGAUUGAUAAACAUUUGUUGUUGGAACCCAGGUAUUCAAACUGGGGAAGAAGAGGGAAAAUGGUUGUUACUAACUAUUCAACAAUCUCUGGUAAUUAUUUUUGUCUUUGUUAUUGUAACCUGGAUUGUGAGUAUAUUGGAUGUGAAGAAAUAAUGAAAGGAAGCCAAUUCCAACACUGGAUAUUUAAGUAUUUGGUUCCAUGUGAGGCAUACUCUUGGGAAGUCAUUGGUUCAUGUGCAGUACAGAAGGGCCCAACUGACUCCAGUGUACGUGAGGUAAAAUAGUGAGCUCAAAUUACAGAAGCCAGUAUCCUAUAGAAAUUCCGAUAACUGCUGCUUCACCUGAAAACUCAAGUUGAAAAUAGGAAUUGACCAACCCUCACAGGGAUCAGGGCACGUCAGCUUUAAUAUCACUUUGAGAGACUGAUGGCAAGAAAAGCUGUCUCUUAUGCAUUUUGCUACUUUAACCAUUCUUAGAAUAGAGGGGUGGGGUGUGCCUAGGGUCCUUUUGAAGUGUUUUGGAUAGGUUUGUAGCAUGUGAGAUUAAGUCUUGGAUUUCAAUAGAGUUGACAGCUUUUAGAAAAGUAGGAGUUUAUUUAAUGUUUCCUUAUUCCAUUGUCAAGCUUUAUCAAUGGCUUAAUGGCAGAAAUAAGGCUUAAACAGAUGAUGUUUUUCCAAAGAAAAACAAAUUGUUGAUUUUGUUCUGUGCAUAUUAAAGGUUUUUGAAUUGGCUUGGUUUUAAAAAUCAGGAAUCUUUAACUCUUUCUCUAUUUCAUACAUUUUUCCUUCCCCUUUGGCUACCAUUUUGGUCCCUGUAGAAAGUGUUCAGAAUCAGUUUAAACCCUUCCUAAGGUCAUGAAUGGGUCAGUGCAAAGUUAACCUCCUUUCCCAUGUUCUCAGAUCUGGGGACUGCAACAGAUUUUAUCAACAGUGUCCUUGUUGCAGACAUUUUAUAGUAUGUUUGCCUUUUGUUACAUUAAAUCCAAGAAAGAACAGCCUAUGCACUUUAUCCCAUAAUCUUCCAGUACAUACACAUUCACUCGAGAUAGCACUUCAUAUCCAUUAAGCAGAAAUAUAAACCAAGGAAUGUUAUAUGAUGUACUUUUAAAAUAUUGACAUUUUCCCCCAUCAAACCAGUGACAGAGUAAGCCAAAUUAGGUUGGGGUUUUGUUUAGUUGGUUUGGUUUUCAUUAAAGGAAAAAACUUGCAUCAGACAAUCAAGGCUCCGUGAGUUGCAUAGUCUCACCAAUAUUUUAAGAUAGACAUUGCAUUAAAGCACAUACCAAUAAUAUCUAUACCUGGACCUUUAGUGACCUCAGUUUAUUAGUUGUUUAGAAGUAUAUUUUUAAAAAACAAACACAAACACAUAGAUGCACAUACAGUUACACACAUUAUUAUUACCUAACUAGUGCUCAUUCGUUGUUUCUCUGUUUUCUUAGGACGUAUACUUUCAAUUUAGGAUUAUAACUCCCAAUAAUGUUUCUGUGCGCCUUUAAUGUGAUUUAUAGGAAGUCUGAGCUAUUGAAAUUACUAUUAUACCUAUUCUAUAAAACUACUCCAAAAUUAGACCUGCUUGUUGGGCAGAGUUCUGUGGACAUAAGGCCAAUGUUGCCCCCAUCUAUGGGGAUUUAAUAACCUUGUUGGUAAGUGGUGGUCCUUCAUAGAGGUCACAUAGUCCCAAGGAUGAAAGUACAGUAGGAGUUGAUAAUGGGCCUAUUGGAUACCUUAAUGUCUCUUGUAUGUGGCAUAUUGCCUUUUCCAACUCCCUAUCCAGUAGACAUGGAGCAAAACCAAAAGAUAGAUAUCUGGAAUGGAAGUAUGUGUUGUCAUCAAGGCAGAUAUUUGCUUUAAUUGGAAAGAUUUAACUGCUUUAUUAAUAUUAUAGAAGUGCUUUGGGCCUGGUUGGGAGAGGAGGCAGCUUAUCUGGAAUCUAUGCCCAUUUUACUGUCAUUGGAGAAUUAGGAUGUCUGACCUCUGAGGACCUGUAUCCAUCUCUUGCUGUUUGCUUAGGGAAUUCAAGGCCCUGAGAAAACACAGUUCCUAGCCCAAGGAUCCAUAGAAUUAGUGGCAGAGUUGAGAUGCCCACCUGAUUUAUGGAUUCUAAGUUAACUCAUUGAGCCUCUAGCAAUAUUUAAAACAGAUUAGAAGGUUUCUUCUAUUUGCCUCGUUGAAUUUUAUUUACUAAAUCAAUCUUAAAAUAUUAAAACAUGUUUUAAUGAAUAUUAGUUCUAGAUGUUUCUCAUGGAUUGAAGCAAAAAAUAAAAUAUGAAGGGAAAGAAUAUGAUUAACUAUUUGUUCUUUCGAACACCUCACCUUUCAUGAUGCAAUGUUACUCUGAAUUUUUUGGCAGAACUUUUGAGAGCUGUUGCUUUGAAUGGAUUCCAUUCCUGUAUUCCUUAUGGGAAUUUGUUUUUAAAUAGACUAGAAAUGAACUCAAUAUGUAGUAAGUUAGUUUUCUUCAAUAUAUCUUUAGUUACUUGGUUGCAAAUGUUCAAUUUCAGCAUACGUUAGGGUGAGUAGUCAAAAACAUGAGUUUUCCUUUGAUUUCUACCAAUGUCUAAACUAUCAUAAAGCAUCCUUCUCUUCAUAUGUGACUUGAUUCUAUAGUCUGUUUCUAAAUGAUAUUGUCUAUUUCUUAAAUGAUCUCAUACUCAUGGUGAUAAUAGAUGUGUGUUCAGAAGAUCAAUAAGAAAGUAAUCUGGAAUGGAUGUGUGUUUUUUUGCAGUUAAGGCAAGCUCUUGCAAAUGCCUUCUAAGCAGUAGUUUGAAAAUCUCAAUUAUAGUAUAACACCUUAGAGCUAAAAACAUUUGUUCAACACAAACUAGAAUCACACCUCCUGGCUAUAUAUCACCAAGGGAAAUGUGAUUUUAAACAUAUAAAAAAGAUUUUCAAAUAUCUUAGCAACCAGGUCUUUCCAUAUUGACAAGUAUGACUCAGUAGGUUGUAGCUUGAAAAUUAUGAAUGUGUGAACAAAAUGAAAUAUCAGUUGAGAGGCCUUUUUCAUUUUUAGUUAAAUAGAACAGUAGUAACUUUGGUUUCUCUUUCCAACUGGUUUAUUCUGUUUUAAGUGUACACUUUUAAAACUCUAAUCAAAGGAUUACUUGAAUUUACACUUUAGUUAUUGGUAUUCUUGUCAUUUUUUUUUGUACCAUGACUUAGUGUGGAACAAAGUAGACAUUGGAGUUUUUAGAGUCCUGAGCUGGCAUAUCUUGCUUCUCUUUUGGCACAGGCUAAGGGGAGCUGCCCACCAAUGCUAACAGAUAAAUCAUUAAUGGAUAUUUGAGUGUGAGACUUACUCUGUGAGCCACCCUGCUUUGCUUGUUUGCAUUGAGAAAUGCAUCUAUUUAUGUGACCUUCCCAAGAGCAACUGUAAGAACAGCAGACAUAGAGGGCCAGACUUUAAAAAGCAAUACAAGCAGAUUCUAAGAGCUGCUUCCCUCCUCAAAAUUAGGCUUUCCGAGGCUGACUUACAAGUGUUCCUUGAAACGUCAGUCUGUUAAUUGAGCAAGACAUUCCAGGUAUGUAGUUGCUUUUAGGCUUCUAUGGUUAUUUUCUACAUUGACUAACACACAUGAUGUUAAAGGAACCUUUUCUAAAAGACAUUGCAGGGUUUCAAUUGAGAUGACUUGUUCAAGUUAUAGAAGCCUUGGUCUGCUUUUAACAAUUGAGGGGUGUUCAUUUUUUAUGUUUUGUGAGUGCUCAUAUCUCACUCUAAGCUAAAUUCAUGGCUGUGUGAGGUUGGAAAAAGCAGGUUUAUGAUUCUGAAGAACAGAGAACAUUGGCAUGCAUUGGAAUUUGGGGACUACAGUAAGGAAACAUAGCUCCAUUAUGCCCUGGGGAUGGAACAGUUGACACAAUAAACCCAUUAUGUUGUGUCUAGAUCAACUGAAUUUUGUUGUUUUGUUUUGUUUUAAGGCAACUUGUGUGAGGGUUUCAGUUGCAUCCACCCUGGAAACUGGGUGUCCCUUUUUCUUUAGCACUACCAUUCUGUUUUUCUUCAGGCCAAAUAUGUUCAAGUGAGCCACAGGUGGGAAGAGCCACUUUAGUUGCCGUAGCAAUGGGCCAGAAGAGAGAAUGAGCUGAUGGUCUAUUUUAACCUUGAAGGUAAACAUGUAUAUUUUUUCAUGACAGGUAAAUUGAACAGUAAAACAAGUAACAGUAAAGUAUAUAUUUGAUGCCUUCUGUGUUUUCAUGAGUAUGUGCUAAUAAGUUGUGCUAAUAUUUACUCAGCCACAGUCUCAUUGAUUUGCUAAGCAUUGGGAGCAUUAUCUAUAUUGAUCUUAAAUGUAAAUAAAUAUAGGGUAUCCUGUAUUUGGAUUGUGACUUGUAGACUCCAGCUAACCUUUACUGCCUCUUUUUCACACUUGUUGGAAAGUCUGUGAAGAACAUAGUAGGUUAAGAAUCUCUAACUUUGGAAAAUGUAUAUGAUGUGAAACUGGGGUGCUAUGUUAAAAAUAAAUAUAUGAUAACUAAGUGUGGCUUUUA